AUGGCUAACGAAACACCUCCACAAACCCCGGCUGAGCGCCGCUUCCUGCGACCCAGUCUACGCAGCGCGACCAUGGUCCAGCCGAAGACGGGCGAACGCGUCAAGAGAGCCUUUACUCUACGAAGAUCCCAACACCGACCGACCGAAUCCUCCGAGUUUCUACUUGCGCCGGGCCAAUACAAUGAGGAGAGGCACCGGGAAAUGGGAAGAGUCGAGCUGGCCAAAGUGAUACUAAGAAACAAAUGUCGACAAGGCUACGCAUAUGCGACGAGUGAUACGGGAAUUGGCAUACUGAAAUGCUCGCUGGCCUAUGUUCUCGGAUCCUUGGCCACGUUCGUACCAGCGAUUGCAGGACUGCUGGGUAAAAACGAUGGAAAACACAUAGUCGCAACCAUUACGGUGUACUUCCACCCGGCCCGAUCAGCCGGCAGCAUGAUUGAGGCUGUCAUUUUGGCCUUUGCCGCCUUCAUGUAUGCCGCCUUCGUCUCCUUCUCCAGCAUGGCCGUGUCCGCAUACUUUGGAAACCAUGAUCUGUUGGUACUUGGGCAUGUCAUAGUGCUCAUUGUAUUCUGUGGAGGAGGUCUAGGGCUUGUUGGAUGGACAAAACAAAAGCUAGGCAACCCACUGGUCAACGUGGCUUGUUCCUUGACUUCACUCGCCCUCAUCACCAUUCUGACCAAGGAGGGAGCUGUUCAGGCAGCCAAGUUCUCCUACGUCAAGGUCUGGCAGGUCUUGAAGAUGAUAAUUCUGGGCUGUUCCGCCUCAGCAGCCGUAUCGCUCCUCGUACAGCCAAAGUCGGCGCGCUACGAAUUCCGCGACACUUUCAUCAAGUCCACCGAUGCUAUGGCGGAGAUGCUGAACGGCAUUACCAUGAGUUUCCUUUCCGGUGCCGAAUCAGACCUCAAAAGCGAAUCUUAUAUUGAAGCCUCCGAGAAGAGCCAGUCCACAUUCAAAACUCUUGUAAAGAACUUGGGAGAAGCCAAGUUUGAACAUUACGCGUUGGGUACCGAGGAGGAGUACAAGAUCAACGCCAAACUGGUCAAAUGUCUCGAAAAGUUGAUGCAGAGCUGCGGUGGACUGCGGAGUGCUGCUGAGACCCAGUUUACGUUAUUGGCGCAGUCAGAGUCGGAGCCCAAUGGGGCGUCGCAUCAACCUAUACCUGCUAAUGGAACUGUCACCUCUUCGAUAUUUUCCGAGAAUACCGUGUCACUAAGUCCCCCGCAACUGUCUCCCAGCAUCAGCCAUACUGAGAGGCGGACCAGCAUUCUUGCCUCCAUCGAUGAGUUGCCCGAAAGUUCUGCUGAAGCAUCCGCAUACCCUUCAGCGGCUGGAUCUGAUGAUGAAUCUACUCCAACCAAGAAGAAACCUAGCCAGGCUGCGAGUCUGUUGCAGUCAAACCUUACACCUGCUGACAUGUUCUCCGUGUUUAUUGCUCAUCUGGGACCACCAAUGAAAUCUUUGGCAUAUACCUUACGCGAAGUUCUUUCUGAAUUGCCUUUUGGACCCGGGCCCGAGUACAACAUGGCUAUCAACGAGCACUUUCGUCACAGUCUAGUCGAUGCGAAGGCUUUGUUUUCAAACGCACGUCGGGAAGCUCUCUCCGCAGUCUACAAGAACAAGAUACCAACGCGGGCCAGCUCGGCAGCGGUCGCUGCGGACUUCGAAGAGGUGGCUGCAAGUUGUGGGUACUUCAGUUCGUCUUUGUUGGAUUUUGCUGAAGACAUGGUCACAUUUCUUGAUAUCCUUGAAGAGCUGAAAAUUAAUGUCAACCGCUACCCGCGACAAAGAACCUUUAGUUGGCUGAAGUUUUGGCAACGCGGGCGCAAAAAGACUAAAUCGGGAGACGGCUCGGAGGAGUCCAGUCUUGCUGAUGAGACGGAUGCCCACACACCAGGAGGGUCGCACGAGAUUCACAAUCCCAUCUAUCGGAAGUCAACUCGUGGAGAUCCAUACAAGCCAGAAAAUGAGCAGCCGCUGUCGUACCGCAUCUGGACAUCAUUAGCCGUGUUUAGGAGGGAUGAUCUCAAAUUCGCAGUGAAGGUUGGCAUUGGUGCAGUCCUCUACGCCAUGUGGUCCUUCAUCAACUCGACUCGAGGAUUCUACGGUCACUGGCGUGGCGAGUGGGGCUUGUUGUCGUACAUGUUGGUCUGCUCCAUGACCAUUGGUGCCUCCAAUACCACUGGCUUCCAACGUUUUGCCGGUACAUGUCUUGGAGCUGUGCUUGCGAUUGCCGCGUGGAUUGCAGCUGAUGAGCAUGCCUUCGUCUUGGGGUUCUUCGGUUGGUUCAUCUCUCUCUUCUGCUUUUAUAUCAUUGUGGGUAAGGGCAAAGGGCCUAUGGGUCGCUUCAUCCUGUUGACCUACAAUCUCUCAGCGCUCUAUGCAUACUCGCUAUCUGUCAAAGACGAGGAAGACGACGAUGAUGAGGGCGGCAUCUCGCCCGAGAUAUGGGAGAUUGUGCUUCAUCGUGUGGUCGCUGUGAUGGUUGGUUGUUUGUGGGGUAUCAUGGUGACGAGGGUCAUCUGGCCCAUCUCAGCACGUCGUAAAGUCAAGAAAGGCACAUCUUUGCUAUGGCUUAAGAUGGGAUUGAUCUGGAAACGCGGUCCUUUAAAGACCAUACUUGAAUCCAACGAAAACUCAAGCCGAACGUACUCGUACAUGUCCGAACGCGAAGAGCUUGAGCUUCGUCGAUAUCUGUCCCAUCUGGAUACGCUGCGUGCAUCAGCCGCCGCCGAAUUCGAACUCAGGGGCCCCUUCCCGGACAAGAGCUUCAAAAUCAUCCUGGGCGCGACUAGCCGUAUAUUGGAUAGCUUCCAUGCUAUGAAUGUCGUCAUACUGAAAGACCUAAAGGCGUCUGAAGGUGAAAAGGAAGCACUAAGGUACACCAAGAAGGAGUGGACAGAGCUGAGUUGGCGCAUCAGUCAUUUGUUCUCAGUUAUGGCCUCUUCGAUGAAGCUAGCAUACCCACUCAACGAUGUACUGCCCAAUGUCGAACACACGCGCGAUCGAUUGCUAGCAAAGGUCUUUGAGUUCCGACAGAGCGGACUGGGAAAGGUCAUUGCCAAUGAUGAAGAUUAUGAGUUGCUAUAUGCGUACGCCUUGGUGACUGGGCAGCUCGCGCAUGACCUCAACAUCAUUGGACAAGAGAUUGAGAAGCUGUACGGUGUGCUGAGUGAGGAGGACCUGAAACUACAGUAG